UACGCGCUGCUGCCUUGAUUUGCUGAGCAAUUCGAUACUUCAAGUGUAUGUGUGUGUGAAAGAGGGAGAGAGGCAGACUUCUCAGACAGACACUGGUAUGACUUAGGGACGUGCGCCCGAAUGUUAGAAGUACUUAUUUAACCGCUGCACUCUCAGUCACCGCAUAGUUUUAACUACUCACAGGCGAGUAGAAUACAAGUUACAUCAUUUUCUUGCACUUUACUCCCGUAUGUAAUGGAGGGACCCGUUCGGAUUUUCCACCACAAGAAUGCGUUUUUCCCUCAGUUCGCCCGGCUGGCUGCAGUUCCAGCCGUGCUGUGAGAGAGGUGUGUGUGGGCGGAGGGGGUGUGUGCGGGUGCAGGGGUGAAGGUGCACCAUGGAUAUCGGUUGGAGGGUCCUGUCCACUGUCCUAUGCCUCAGCCAGGUCUUGUUAGUCGGCUGCUUAGCUGUGCCCCUGUCCUUCCUCCUCGAGCCCCGCUCUACCGUACAGCGGUUUGGCGGCACAGUCCACCUGGGUUGCGCAGUGCAGAACCCCUCCGUGCGGUUGUCCUGGCGCUUCAUGGGGCUGCCCCUGGACCCGGCUGCGGUGCCUGGCGUGGAGGUGAAGCCCGGCUCGCUCACCCUGACCUCUUUGCAGUCCAGCCAGGCGGGGCAGUACCAGUGCGUGGCCCACUGGGAGGCAGGGGCCGUCGCCAGCCGCAUCGCCCAGGUCACCAUCGCAGAGAUUUCAGAGUUUGGUGAGACACAGCGACGCUCGCUGGCAGUGGAGGAGGGUGGCACGGCGCUGAUCGAGUGCUGGCUGCCGCACAGCGACCCCCCCGCCCUGCCGCGGUUUCGGGUGCGAGGGGAGUGGCUGGAGAAGUCCACAGAUAAAUAUUUAAUCCUUCCAUCUGGGAACCUUCAGAUUGUGUCAGUGUCCCCCCAGAACCAGGGGACGUAUAAAUGCGGCGCAUACAACCCCAUCACCCGGGAGAACAGGGUGGAGGCCCAUGGCACUAGAGUGACCGUCAAACGUUCAGAUGGUCCCUCCCCGGUCCGGAUUUUGUUUCCUGUUGUCCCCCAGAACCUCAGUGUGGUUGAGUCCGAGUCCCUCACUUUGGAGUGUGUUCUGGCGGGACGUCCCCACCCCACUGCCCGCUGGACUAAGGAUGGACAGGAAGUGGAGCUGGGAUCUAGUCACAAACUGGUACACAACAACCUCCAGCUGACUUCGGUGAAGAAGAGCGACGCAGGGAACUACCAGUGUUCGGCCCAGACAGAGAGUGGUGCCGUGGUCAGUGCAAACUACACCGUGAAUGUGCUUGAACCUGCCUCAGAGCUGCGUGGCUUGUCAGAUCAGUCCGUGGCCUCUGGCUCCUCCGUCCGCUUUGUCUGCAUAGCUAAGGGGAACCCUGCCCCCAACAUCACCUGGCUGUUCAACGCCAACCCAGUCACCCCUUCCAGCCGCCACCGAAUCUCUGGCUCCUCCCUCCGCAUUUUCUCCGUGACGCCACAGGAUCAGGGUGUGUACCAGUGCCUGCUGGACAGCGGGAUUUGGUCAGCUGGUACACUCACUGUCCAGUCAGGCUCGAUCUCCAAACCGGUAAUUCUGUCCCCACCUUUAAGUGGCAGUUUUCAGGAGGGGGACGAUGUCUCUCUGUCCUGCAAUGCCAGUGGCCAUCCCCUGCCCAUCAUCCGCUGGUACAACGAUGCUGGCCCCAUUGCCACGCAUCCUGCCCGCCUGCUCCAGCCCCCGCAGGCCGCAGCCAGGGCCCCUGGUGAUAGCCCUCCCCAUCUCACUAUGUCUCGACCGGGAAGCAGUUCGCUAUACAUCCAGUCCGUCACUCUGGCCCACGCCGGGAAGUACAUUUGCGAAGCCUCCAACGAACUGGGCUCUGUGCAGGCAGAAGCCUUUCUCACUGUUGAAGCCCUGGAGAGCACCACAGUGGGCAUUACUAUGGACGUGGCACCCUCAGUCCACCCAAUCCAGAGCGAUGAGGGGGAGGAACCAUUUUUAGCAGAGGGGGAGCCAGGAGAUGACCAGGCCACGCCCACUGAGAGGACAAGUGACCUGCCCACCCCAGAGGCGCCAAUCAUCACCAGCCCACCACAGACACACAAACCUGAUGUGUAUGACCUGGAGUGGAGGCCGGGGAGAGACUGGGGAAGCCCCAUCAGCGCCUACUUUGUCAAGUACCGCAAGCUGGACGACUCGGGCAGCCUGGUGGGCGGCUGGCACACGGUGCGCGUUCCGGGGAGCGAGAAGACGCUGCGCCUGUCGGAGCUGGAGCCCUCCAGCCUCUACGAGGUCCUGAUGGUGGCCCGCAGCGCGGCCGGGGACGGCCAGCCCGCCAUGCUCACCUUCCGCACCGGCAAGGAGAGGGUUACCUCCUCCAGCAAGAAUCCCUCCAAGGCCCCGUUUCUGUCCCUGCCUGAGAAGGUGCCGGAAUAUGAGAGCUCCAACACACACUUUGGGGUGGUCAUACACGACAGGGUGCCCGAGGCCCCAGACCGGCCCACCAUUUCCAUGGCCUCUGAGAGCUCGGUGUACGUCACAUGGAUUCCCCGGGCCAAUGGGGGCUCUCCCAUCACCGCCUUCCGUGUGGAGUACCGGCGGCAGGGGCGCAGUGCCGAAUGGGUGACCGCUGCCGACAACAUUUCCCCCCUCAAGCUGUCUGUGGAGGUGCGCAACCUAGAGCCAGGAUCCACAUAUCGGUUCCGUGUCAUCGCCAUGAAUAUGUACGGAGAGAGUCCCCACAGCUCCCCCUCCAGGCCAUACCAGGUGUCUGCGGUCAGCCCGCCCUUCUCCAGCCGCCCGGUGGCCGGCCCCCACAUCGAUUCCACGGACGCAGUCAGUGACACGCAGAUCAUGCUGCGCUGGACUUACACUCCCUCCAGUAACAACAACACUCCCAUCCAGGGAUUCUACAUCUACUACAGACCCACAGACAGUGACAAUGACAGCGACUACAAGAGGGAUGUGGUGGAAGGCCUCAAGCAGUGGCACCUUAUUGGCCAGCUCCAGCCAGAGACCUCCUAUGACAUCAAGAUGCAGUGUUUCAACGAUGGAGGGGAGAGCGAGUACAGCAACGUCAUGAUCUGUGAGACCAAAGCUCGCCUCCCCCCGGGGGUACCCCCUCAGCACCCAGUCACGCCCCCCGGGCCGUACCCCCCUGAGCCUCCCACCGCCCCGGGGGGCCUGCUGUACCUCAUUGUGGGCAGCGUGCUGGGGGUGAUGGUGCUCAUCCUGCUGGUCUUCAUCGCUAUGUGUCUGUGGAGGAACCGGCAGCAGAGCGGCCUGCACAAGUACGACCCGCCGGGUUACCUGUACCAGCCUGCAGAGAUGAACGGGCACGUGCUGGAGUACACCGGCCGCAUGAACGGCAGCGUCCACGGCGGCUACGGCCACGGCGGCCCCAUGGCGCCCCCUGGCUGCCCCCACCUGCACCACAAGCUGCCCAACGGCCUGGCGCUGCUCAAUGGCACGGGGCCGCUCUACCCCUCUGCCCACCCCCAUGGCCACGAUGGCCCCCUGCCCCACGGCACCCUGGAGUACGAGCACUCCCACCCCCACCACCAUCACAAUGGAGGUGGAAUGUACACUGCAUUGCCCCAAUCAGAUCCCUCCGACUGUAUGAGCUGCCAGAACUUCUGCAACAAUAACAGGUGUUUCACAAAGGCCAACGCCACCUUCUCGAACGGCAGCCUUCCCAUGAUGCACCGCGUGGCGCCCUGCCAGCAGGACGGGUUAGAGAUGAUGCCUCUGGGUCAUGUGACCCCGCGCUGCCACACCCCCAGCGUCCAGCAGUACCCCGGGGACGAGGCUGACAAGGCCGAGGAGGAGUCAGUGGAGGAAAAAACCCCAUCCCUUUCUCAACUUCCCUGCUGUCAGGCAGGGGAAUGCCAGCACUGCCCUUCAGAGGAACAAGGCAAGGAGCCACAGCAGGAGGAGUCGGAAGGGCCCGUGUCCCGCUGGGAGUGCCUGAGUCUGUCUGAACUGGACUGUAACGACAAGACAGGCUGGGACUCCACCAGCAGCCUCACGGGGGACAUCAUACAGCCACCGCUGCAGGAGACCUGAGCACACACAUGUGCAGAAGUGUACACACACAUGCACACACAUACACACACACACGUGCAUA